AUGGCGAAGCUCAUCCCCACUCUACCCCUCGAGACGAGAUGCCCACCGUUCCCGCUCCGUCAGCUCAGCGGCUUCUGGCUCCCGGAGAUGAUCCUGUCCGGCGUGGCCGCCGUGCACACGCGCUUCGAGCCGAGGCCCGACGACAUCUUCCUCGCGAGCUUCCCCAAGUCCGGCACGACGUGGCUCAAGGCGCUCGCCUUCGCCACGCUCAACAGGGCGGAGCACCCGCCGUCGGACCCCGGCCACCCGCUCCGCCUUCGAAACCCCCAUGACUGCGUCAGCUUCUUCGAGCUGCCCUCCGCGCUCUCCGAGAGCACCGGCGGAGCAUGGGAGGACGUGUUCGAGGCGCUCCCUUCGCCACGGGUGCUCACCACCCACCUGCCCUACAGCCUCCUGCCGGAGCGCGUCGUGGCGGACAGCUGCAGCUGCCGCGUCGUGUACGUCUGCCGGGACCCCAAGGACGCGCUCGUCUCCGGGUGGCUCUUCACGAAGAAGCACACGGCCGCCACCGCCAAGGGAGCCGGUGGCGACGACGACGAUUGGCUCCACGUCCUCGGGUAUUGGGAGGAGAGCAGGAGGCGGCCGGACAAGGUGCUCUUCCUCCAGUACGAGGAGAUGCUCCGGGACCCCGCGACCAACGUGAAGAGACUGGCCGAGUUCAUGGGCUGCCCGAUUACCGUGGAGGAGGAAACGGCGGGCACGGUGGACACCGUUGUUGAGCUCUGCAGCCUGGACAGUCUCAAGCGGUCGAAGGGGAACCGGAGCGGCACGACGAACCUUGGCAUCGAGAAUGCGUCCUUCUUCCGAAAAGGCGUGGCCGGGAAUUGGCGCAACCACCUGACACCGGAGAUGGCGGCGCGGCUGGACGAGAUCGUCGACGGCGUGCUGCAAGGGUCGGGGCUCACGUUUGGUGGCUCCGCCAACGACAGCUGGCUAUCAGAGCUACCACCACCCCACCAAUGUCGCCGCGGCUGCUGGCGUGCUUCGGGCGCAGGGGCGUCUGCGUCGGACGACGCGACGGGCGAGGGCCAGCAGCAGGAGGCGGCGCCCCCCGGGCCUGGUGCUGGUGGAGCUGUUCGCGUCGCAGGGGUGCGGGGCGUCGCUCGAGGCGGACGCCGUGGCGGCGCGGCUGGCGCAGGACUCCGGGGACGGCGGCGCCGCCGUCGUGGUGCUGGCGUUCCACGUCGACUGGACCCCUUCGCGUCCAGCGCCUGGACCGUGCGCCAGAAGGCCUACGUGGAGGCGCUCCGCCUCGACACGCUCUUCACGCCGCAGGUCGUCCUGCAGGGCCGCGCCCACUGCGUCGGCACCGAGCAGGACGCGCUCGCGCAGGCCGUCCGCGACGCGCCGCGCUACCCCGCGCCCGCCAUCAAGGUCACGUUCCAGCGGCCGAACCCGGCGACGCUGCAGGCGUCGUUCACGGGCACGCUGCGCAGCCGCGUGGAGGGCCCCGGCGGCGCGAGCGUGCUGGUGGCGCUGUACGAGAGCGGGCUGGUGACCGAUUGCGGGUGCGGCGAGAACAAGGGCAAGUCGCUGCUGAACGACCACGUGGUGCGGCGCCUCGAGAAGGUGGCCGCCGUGCGGGAGGGCGCCUCGGCGAAGAAGACCGUGUCCGGCACCGUCCAGUUCCCGCUCUGGGACGGAUUCCGCGCCACCAAGUGCGGCCUCGUGCUCGUCGUCCAGAACGCCGCGCUGCAGGUGCUCGGCGUCCAGCACUUCGACCUGCCCGACAACGUCUGA